AGUCUCGCUAUUUCUCGCGAGACGAUAUGUUACGUAGCAGCUUUACAUACUGCUCCAAACCAACUAACCUACCGAGCACUGUGUACUGUGUGUUCAAGAUACUUAACAGCAAAUCAAAUCGCCCUGCAAGUGCUUUACCCUCGCUUGCCAAUGUCGUCCGAACCUCAUAUGUCGGCCAGCACCUACACAACUAAGCCUGCAGAACACAAGUGGAGGCUGAGUUAUGUCACCGGGGACCUGUUCUCCUGCCCUGCGCAUGAAGCUCUGGCCCACUGCAUCAGUGAGGACAUCCGUAUGGGGGCAGGCAUAGCUGUGGAAUUCAAAAAGAGGUUUCAAGGGGUGACUGAGUUAAAAGAGCAAAAAAAAGUGACAGGACAGUGUGCCGUACUGAAAAGUGAUGGACGCUUUGUCUACUAUCUGAUCACAAAGAAAAAGGCAAGCCAGAAACCCACCUAUGAGAGUCUGAGACAGAGCCUGGAGGACAUGAAGUCACAUUGCCUGAAGAACCAAGUAUCAAGAAUAUCGAUGCCUCGUAUCGGCUGUGGCCUGGAUCGACUCAAGUGGACAAGCGUGUCAGAGAUACUGGAUCAGGUCUUCAAACACACAGACAUCUCCAUCACAGUUUACAGUCUUCCUCGGAGAGAAGAAACCACAGUGAUGAAGGAAAACAGACGCAGAUGAUUCAUGGAAAUGUUGAUUAUUGAAAUGCUGAUGUACUUUUGUAUAUGAAGCCAAAGGGAUUUUUUUUUUCAAAGUUGGAAACAUGUUGUUUUCUCUGUUGAUGGAAAAUAAAGCUUUCUUUUUAUAAAAGAACCCACAUAAACUCA